AUGGCUGCCCGUGGCCGACGCACCAAGGUGCUCCCUUCUGAGCUGAACAAGGUGUGCCCUGAGAGAGGAGACUCCACCAUGCACCCCAGGACGAUGAGUGACUUCGAGGUGGUCCCCAACCUCCAGCAGAGCAGCAGCAGCAUCUCGAAGAGCAGGCGCAAGGCACAUUUCCCCACUGGCAGCCACGAGAAGGAAAAUCUCAUCUCUUGGAUCCCUGAAAACAUCCGGAAGAAGGAAUGCACCUACUUUGUUGAAAGCUCCCAGAUGUCAGAUUCUGGGAGGAUCGUGUGUGAGUGUGGCUACCUCAGGGAACAGCACCUGGAAGAUGCAGUCAAACCUCCCAUCUUCCUGGGGAAAGAGCGGGACCCCAGCAGGCACAUCCAGGAGAUGCCAACAGAUGCUUUUGGAGAUAUCCACUUCGCAGGCCUGGGACAGAAGAUGGGGAAGUACGUGCGUGUCUCCUCGGACACCCCUCCACGAGUCAUCUACCACCUCAUGACCCAGCACUGGGGCCUGGAUGCACCCAACCUGCUCAUCUCAGUCACUGGGGGAGCCAAAAACUUCGUCAUGAAGCCAAGGCUGAAGAACAUCUUCCGGCAAGGGCUAGUCAAAGUGGCCCAAACCACUGGAGCCUGGAUCAUCACAGGGGGGUCCCACGCUGGGGUGAUGAAGCAGGUGGGAGAGGCAGUGAGAGACUUCAUCCUGAGCUGCAGCCACAAGGAAAGCGAGAUUGUCACCAUUGGCAUCGCCACCUGGGGGACCGUGUACAACAGGGAGAGCCUCAUCUGCCCCAUGGGUGGCUUUCCAGCUGAGUAUGUACUGGAUGAGGAGAACCAAGGCAGCCUGUCAUGCCUGGACAGCAACCACUCCCACUUCAUCCUGGUGGACAAUGGGACCCAUGGGAGGUACGGAGUGGAAAUCGCCCUGAGAACCAGGCUGGAGAAGUUCAUCUCGGAGCAGACCAAGGUGAAAGGAGGCGUGGCCAUCAAGAUCCCCAUCGUGUGCGUGGUGCUGGAAGGAGGCCCUGGGACACUGGAUACCAUCUACAACGCCAUCAACCACGGGACCCCCUGUGUGAUCGUGGAAGGCUCUGGGCGUGUGGCUGAUGUCAUUGCACAGGUGGCCAGCCUGCCUGUGCCCCAGAUAACCGUUGCCUUGAUCCAGAAGAAGCUGAGCAUGUUCUUCCAUGACACCUAUGAGCUCUUCACUGAGGGCAAGCUGGUGGAGUGGACCAAGAAGAUCCAAGACAUAGUGAGGAGCCGGCAGCUCCUGACUAUUUUCAGAGAGGGCAAAUAUGGCCAGCAGGACGUGGAUGUGGCCAUCCUCCAAGCCUUGUUCAAAGCAUCCCGAAACCAGGACCACUUUGGUCACGAGAACUGGGAUCACCAGCUGAAGUUAGCUGUGGCCUGGAACAGGGUGGACAUUGCUCGGAGUGAGAUCUUCACAGAUGACUACGAGUGGAAGCCCACAGAUCUCCACCCCGUGAUGGCAGCUGCCCUGAUCUCCAACAAGCCAGAAUUUGUGAAGCUGUUCUUGGAGCAGGGAGUGCGUCUCAAGGAGUUUGUCACCUGGGACACCCUGGUUUAUCUCUACGACAACAUGGCACCGUCCUGCCUGUUCCACAACAAGCUGCAGAAGGUCCUUCUGGAAGAGAUGGAGCACACGGGUGGCUCCAAAAUGCCAAGGGUCCAACUGCACCACGUCUCUCAGGUGCUGCGGGAGCUGCUGGGCUGCUCCACACAGCCCCUCUACCCCAAGCCCAAGCACACGGAGCGGCCCCGGCUCUCCAUCCCCGUGCCACACCUCAAGCUGAAC